GGAGCCUGGGCGAGUCUCGUGUAGUUUGCGGACGCCGUCGAGCAGCCAGGAUGACAGCAGCACUGUUCGGCUCACGAUGAUAACACGUCUUCUUCUUCCACUUGCUUCUUUCAAAGUGACUCAUGCGUGACUGCCGAGACUGAGGCACCCAUAUCGCGAGGGAAAUUCAGGUUCUAGGUUCACUUAAGAUUUCUUCAGGGUUCUUUAAAAAAAAAAAGAAUGCAUCCUCAGCCCCGCCGUGACCCCUCCAUGUCUGGGAAAGAGCGCAGCCCCCGUCACAGGCCGUGGUCAGUCUACCGGGCCAACACGUUUGAUCUUUCAUCGGAGAUGAUGGGGCUGGCUCUGUCAGGCAACAGUCAGGACCCAGAUGAGCCGGUGUUAGAGUUCAGUUUGGUCUGCAGUGAACUGAUCACACCGACUGUCGACCGUAAGCCCAGCAGCUUUGUGGCUGUCAGCUGCACCACUCCCCCUCAGGCCUUCUGGACCAAACAUUCUCAAACUGAAAUAAUUGAGGGGACAAGUAACCCCAUCUUCCUGAGUAGCGUGGCCUUCUUCCAGGACUCUCUGAUCACCCAGCAGACCCAGGUCAAGCUCUGCGUCUACGACGUGAAGGAUCGUUCCCAGGGCACCAUGUACAUGCUCGGCUCGGCCAUAUUUUCUUUGAAGGAGCUCCUGCAGGACAAACACCACCGCCUGCACCUCACUCUCAGGUCGGCCGAGAAUGAGCGAGUGGGCAAUCUCACAGUCAUUGCCUGGCAGAUUGAGGAGAAACGCGACCAGAGAGGGCCAGUCGCCAAAUUACAGCGAGGAGACACUGUUAAUGGAAGGAUGGUCCUUCCAGUCGACGAAAGCCUGACUGAAUCCAAAGGCAUCAAGUCCAAGUCUUCAUCCCUGUGUAAAGAUCCCCUGCUUAAGGCCGUGUUCGGAAGCGUCAUGUCCCAGACGUACCGUUUCCCCACCACGGACGGCAACCAUCUCGGCGUCCUGGAGCAGAUGGCUGAGAGUGUGCUCUCCCUGCAAAUCCCUCGACAGUUUGUGAAGCUGCUGCUGGAAGAAGACGCCGUUAGGGUGUGUGAACUGGAAGAACUGGGCGAGCUGUCUCCGUGCUGGGAGAACCUCAGGAGGCAGAUCAUCACUCAUUACCAGACCAUCAUUCUCACAUAUCAGGAGACCAUCAGUGACCUGCAUGAGUACAAAGGACCUUCUUUUAAAUCUAGCGCACUGAAAGCUGAGAGGAAGUUGGAGUUUAUUCCGACAAAUUUACACAUCCAGAGGAUGAGAGUACAAGGAGAAUCCGGCUAUGACCACACGUAUGACGUGGUGACCAACGGCGCUCCCGCUGCACACCAUCAAGGCUUCAAAGGCUGCGGCCUGAGGAAACUCCUGCACAAGCUUGAAGAGACCAGAAAAGACUCUUACGAUGAAGAGAGGUUGAGAAGAAUGGCAUACCAGCCGCAGGAUGUCAUCAGAGCAAAGGAGCUGAUCGGCCAAAUUAACACACUGAAGACCCAAGUGUGCUACUACAUCGAGCGUCUGACGAGGGCGGCCAAGGAGCGCUCGGCCAACGCAGUGGAGAGAACUUUGGCCAUCCUCAAAGAGAAGACUCGUCAGUUGGUGAGCGUGUGCGACUCCAAGCUCUUGUCCUCGGCCAUCGUCGCCCUUGCCGGCGCCCGCCCGGAGUCCGCCCUGCAAGGCAGCCCGUCCCCAUCCUCAUCUUCCCUGUCCCCUUCCUCGCGCUCCCCCUCGCGCUCACCCGCUCACCACCCAUCAUCCCCAUCGCGGGCGGCGACCUCACCCUCCCGUCUCGCCACCCCGCCGGAGAGCAUCGACGGGAUUAAAAAUAAGCGGGCCUCAUUGCAGGCUGACUUGCACACGGAGGAGUGGGAGAAAGUGUGGCUGAAUGUAGACAAGAGUCUGGAGUGUGUAAUUCAGAGGGUGGACAGGUUGCUGCGUGGGGAUCAGCUCCAGAGUGACAGCAGUUCCGAUGACGUGUUCGCAUUGGCAAGUGAGGACCCCACAAAGACAAAAAAAGGUAGCAGUCCCGAGCGUGAAAAAUCAUCACCAGGCGAGUGGGCCGAGGCCCUGCACCCUCUGCUCUCCACGCUGAGCGACUGCGCCUCGCUGAUGAGUGACAAAGCCAAGAAGGCCAUGGUGUUCCUGCUCAUGCAAGACAGCGCCCCCACCAUCGCCAUGAGCCUCACGCUGCAGUACCGCCGCGACGUCGUCUUCUGCCAGACCCUAACGGCUCUUACCUGCGGCUUCGUCCUCAAGCUGAGGAACAGUCUGUGCGACUCGGGUUUCCUCAAGCAGCUCCACACCAUCGGCCUGCUGGUGCAGUAUGAGAGCUUGCUCAGCACCUACGGUGAGGAGCUUGCCAUGUUGGAGGACAUGAGCGUUGGGGUGAAUGACCUGAGGAACGUCACCUUUAAAAUCACGCAAGCAAGUACGGCCUUCAGCCCGGACAUGCUGCCCGUCAUCACGGGAAACAGGAACGGUUUUAACAUCAGAGUCCCCAUCCCCGCGGCCAUUUUCGACAGUCUGCCACGGGAAAUCCAGAACGGCAUGCUGCUGCGGGUGCAGCCUGUCCUCUUCAACGUAGGCAUCAAUGAGCAGCAAACACUGGCUGAGAAGUUUGGAGACACAUCUCUGCAGGAGGUAAUCAAUAUCGAGAGCAUGGCUCGCCUCAGCUUGUACUACGACCACUUUAAAGAAGUCCUGCCCGAAGAUUGUCUUCCUCGCUCGCGUAGCACCGCCAGUCUGCCCGAUCUGCUCAAACAGCUCAGUCACAAUGUCAACGCCAAAAAGAGCAAGAACGUGGAGAUUUUGUGGCAGGCGGCAGAGGCGUGCCGGCGCCUGAACGGCGUGCGCUUCACAAGCUGCAAGAGCGCCAAGGACCGCACGGCCAUGUCGCUGACCCUGGAGCAGUGUCACAUCCUGCAGCAGGAGCACGCUCUGGCGCCGCAGGUCUUCUACCAGGCUCUGGACUGCAUGCGCAGCGAGGGCUGCAGACGGGAGAACACCAUGAAGAACGUGGGCUGCCGCAAAUACGCCUUCAACUCACUCCAGCUCAAGGCCUUCCCCAAACAAUAUCGCCCUCCGGAGGGCACGUACGGGAAAGUCGAAUCCUAAACGACAUACAAAGUAGAAAGACUGAUGAAGCGCCUCCAAUAUGUACACACACACACACACACACACACACACACACACACACACACACACACACACACGC